AUGAACAUUACACAGUUAUCUAAGAUUUCUUUUCUUAACAGUAUCCAGGACUUGUGUAUUUUGUUUGUGUACAUUACACAGUUAUCUAGCAUUUCUAUCCUUUACAGUAUCCAGGACGUCUGUAUUUUGUUUGCUGUGAUAGUCGUAUUCCUGCUCUUCUUCAACACGUACAUCUUCCAGGCCGGCCUCGUUAACAUCCUCAUAGAGAAGUUCAAGGUCGCCAUAGGAAUCACCUUUAUCUACUUCGGCCUCAAUGUUGGUCUCCAUGUUUGGGAGAUGACCCUGAGAUGGGACGAGCCAAAUUUAUACAUCUGGGGAACCCCCGGAUUUAUACCUCUGUUUGUAAUCCAGAGAACAGGUGCUGUCCUGUACUAUUAUUUUAAGACUUUCAUUCAAAAGACGUCAACCCGAUGCAACUUUUAA